AUUCGUUGUUUUAGAAAAUUCAAAUCGAUCCGCCAACAUAAUCAUCAAUUCUACUUCAAGUAAACACAAACUUUUGCAUAAUCAAUAUUUAUUACUAUAUAUAUAAAUAUAUAUUAUUUCCUGUUGAACACAUGAAAAUGAGUCAUCACACUUUGAUCAAUUGUUUUAAACGUGCAAUUGAAUCGAAUUGUUCAAACAGUUUAAAGAAAUCAUCCAGACGAUCAAGCAUGACAGAACAACAAAAUUUGGUUGAGAUUUGUGACGUAAUGACUCACUCACCAAAAAUGGUUGAUAUUUCAUCUAAAAUUAUAAAACAAUUCAAUGGAAGCAAUCAAAGACAAAAUGGUUUUACAACAAUUAGAUCAGCAAAAGCUGAAGCAUUUAUAUGUAUAGAUGAUUAUUUAAAAAAAUUUAUCCAAAAUCAAUGUUUAGUUACAGAUAAAAAUUCAGAUGAGAUUAUCAAUGAUAUCAGUGAUGAUGUCAAUCAUACAGAUGAACUUUUAACACCAAAAGGUGACGUAUUCAUAGUGGCACGUUUAGCUGGAAUACAAGCUGCUAAACAAACAUCCAGUAUUAUACCAUUAUGUCAUCAAGUGCCCUUAUCACAUAUUUCAGUGGAUAUUGUUUAUAAAUUAGGUAAAAUUCAUAUACAACCUCAUGUUAAAGCAGUUGGUCAAGCUACAGGUGUAGAAAUGGAAGCAUUGACAGCGGUUUCUGUUGCUGCAUUAACUGUUUAUGAUAUGUUAAAACCAUUAAAAAGAGGAUCAAUUAUUAUUGAGAAAAUUGAACUAUUAGAAAAACUUGGUGGAUCAAAAGGUUCCUAUUUAAAACUUAAUGAAUCAACAAAAUAAUUGAAACUCAAUUAUGACUUCAGAUAUUUUGUAUCUUUCUAUUUCAUAUUAUUACGAUCAUUCAACUAGAAAGAACCAUUUCCAUAACUUUGUUCAUCUACAAUAUCAAUGUCAACCAAUUUCAGAUGAAAUGUCAUUAAUGAUGGUUUGUAGUUAGACAAUUGAAUUAACUGAAAUAUUAUGGUUGAGCAUCAGCUUUAAUGUUUGAAAAUAAACUGUGACGCGCUUUGAA